CAUCCUUUUUGAUAUCCUAAUUUCCUGUUUCACCAACUUUUUUGAUUUUCUAUAAUCUUCUAAAUCUCCUGUCAUGACAGUCAAUUUAAAUGACACACAAAAACCAAUAUUUAGGUGUUUUUACUAAUGUUUACUAUUAAAUUAAGAAAUUAAAUAAUACUAAAAUUUGAAUUAUAAUCUACAAUUUGAUACUAAACAUAUUGAUAUCUAUUCAUAAAAUACUAGUACAAUAACAUUUUUGAUGCUAGUUAACAAAUGUGAUGACAUGGCCUUUGACCCAUGACCCAUGUGGAUAGAGUUAAUCUCCAUUCAUCUCACGUGGUAAAGAAAAAAUUCUCAAAACACAUAAAUUAGGAGAGCGAGACGUGGGCACUCAAACCCACAAUAUCCCGCAUCAAUAUCACCCUUCACAGCAUCCAGACAGUUGUGGGAAAGUGACUGCUCUCCAAAGUAAUAAGAUAGAAUAAACAGGAAAAAGAAAAAUAAGGUUAUACCACUGGGUGUAAAUUUACAUCCUAAUGUUGACAUUCCAGCCUCCAUUAUUAGUAAACAAGUGAAUUAGAACUACUGUAGACAAAUGAUACAUGUAUAAAAGCCAAACCAACUUAUCUAAACUAGUAUAACUUCCAACCACCACCCAGUACUUUACAUGUAUAGUUUACAUGUAAUUACCAAUUUUCAGACUUUAUCCGAGUUUCUAUUUUGUGAUAAGGUGUUCAUUCAUAUAAACAGAUUGUUUAAACAACUAAAAAUACUUAUUGAAACUUAAUGUAGAGACUUCAUCUUUACUUCUUAAUAUUUACUUAAUACAUUUUCAUAUUUAUAACAAAAUGUUUAAUAAUUUUAUUCAAUGUUUCAUUAUUGUAUAUAUAACAGGAACUUUUAAAAUAUUAACAUUAAUCAACAUGUUAGAAUGUUUCAUGAUGAUCAAUCAAGUAAGAAGAAAAAAUGUGAAACUAUGAAAAUUGUUAUAUCUAUUUUUUUGCCUUUAAUGUUUCAGUAUCUGUGUUGAUUGUAUUAGAACUUCACCAAAUAAAGUGAUAUACAUCGGUUAUUAACUAUGAUUGUUGUAUUAUGUAUUUUGAUUUUAGAUAUAAAGACUGGUGUGACAAUCUGUUGUGGAAGUCAGUUUCCUGAAUCUCGUGUUUUAUUACAAGAAGAUCCCUUUACAAAAGACAUCAACUCUCCAAAACCAAGUGAUAUAUGUGAAAAGAAUUUAAAUAUAAAUAACCUAAAACAAUCUGAUAUACACCACGGUAUAGAUAAACCACACAGUCAGGUAAUCUGUGAAAAACUAUCUGUAACGGUGGAUUAUGGAAAGCAAGACACAAGGAUACAUUCUGAAGAGAAUCCAUAUCUUUGUAUAGUGUGUGGAAAGAACUUUGGAAGAAACUAUAGCUUAAAAUUACAUGAGAGAAUACACACCGGGGAGAAACCUUACAGUUGUACGAUUUGUGGAAAACUCUUUGUAACAAAUGGUAGCUUAAAAACGCAUCAGAGAAUACAUACUGGGGAGAAACCUUACACUUGUGCACUUUGUGGAAAACACUUUGGAACAAGUAGUAGCUUAAAAAAGCAUGAAAGAAUACACACUGGGGAGAAACCUUACAGUUGUGUAGUUUGUGGAAAAGACUUUUUAACAAAUGAUGAACUAAAAAUACACCAAAGACUGCAUACUGGAGAGAAACCUUACUGUUGUGCAAUUUGUGGAAAAGACUUUAGAACAAAUGCUGAAUUAAAAAUGCAUCAAAGAAUACACACUGGGGAGAAACCUCACUGUUGUGCAAUUUGUGGAAAAUACUUUAGAACAAAUGGUGAAUUAAAACUGCAUCAAAGAACGCAUACUGGAGAGAAACCUUACCAUUGUGAUGUUUGUGAAAAACAGUUUGGACGUAAUUCUUAUUUACAGUAUCAUAAAAGAAUACAUACUGGGGAGAAACCAUAUAGUUGUGAAGUGUGUGGAAAUAAAUUUACAACAAACUGUUCCUUAAAAUAUCAUCAAAAGACACAUACUGGGGAGAAACCUUACUGUUGUGCAAGUUGUGGAAAAUACUUUAGAACAAAUGCUGAAUUAAAAAAACAUGAAAGAAGACAUACUGGGGAGAAACCAUACAGUUGUGAAGUUUGUGAAAAGCAAUUUUCAAAAAAGAAUGUAAAUAAAAAUAAUACUUAUAGUACACACUGAAGAGAAACUAUACAGUUUUGCAGUUUGUGGAAAACCAUUUGGAACAAAUAAUAAAUUAAAAAUUAUUCAGAGAAUACACACUUGAGAAAAACAAUACUGUUGUCUACUGUGUUGUGAAGAACUUGGAACACACAGUAACUACUACUGAAUGUGGUAGUUGUUUAUAAGUUGUUGAACCACGAGAGACAAGAUUAAGGUGUACAGAUCUAACUUUGUUACUUUUAUUUGUAAACUAUUGUAUGUAAUAGUACGAUAAAAGUAAACCUGAAGGGAAUCAAAGUACAGAACAGUCAUUGUCUCUGUAAAAUAACUAACAGUUUUUCUUUGUACAGACAUUAGUUAUUGAUUAGAACCAGUUUCCUUAUACUAAUGCAUGAACUUGGUAAACAUGUACUGAGAAUGUGCUGUUGUGAUUGAUUUCAAUGGAUUUGACUUUGUACCAUUUUACAGCCUUCUGGAUUCUGAAACUUCAACGUCUCCAAACCUCCAGUUUCAUAAUUUUUUAUGGUGAAGAAAGUAAUCACUGAGUUUGUAUUAAGAUUGUUUAUCAAUAUUCUAUUUAUUCUUUUAUCAUGUUCAUAACAGAAUAGUUUUAUUUUGUCUAAAUUAUGACAUUUCGAGAUAUUUAAGUUACAUGUAUACCUUUUAAAAGAGCACUUUAAAAUAUUUUUGCCAGUCAACAUGUUUAUCGGACACAGUAUUAAAAGAUUGCUAUGAUCAACCGUAACAGGUGGCUGUAUUGGCUAAUCUUUUGAGUUUGACUUUAAAUCCAGUUACAAGAGAUUUUAUUAAAUCCAAGUAUACAGUUGCGAGUGGAGUACACAAGUGACUAAUUCAAAGAAGUUUAUUGUAAGAAUAAAGAAUAAACUUGGAGACUGAGAUUCAAAAUACGACAAAACUUUAAUGCAAUAUGCUAAGAUACUUGGCUACAUUGAAAUAACCAAAAGUAUCUUGAAACAUGUUACUAUCAAAACUCAUCAAUUUGCAUCAGUAAUUGUUAAUAAAUUAAACUAUCAUUUUGUUACGUCUCUGUUCGUUUGAUAAUUUCCCCUAAAAAUUU